UAUAUUUUUUAAAUAGAUUUUACGUGAACCGAGAAACUUGUACAGAAUCAUACGAUUGUAUAAAAUUAUUUGAUAUCACGAGUCAAGAAUUCAUUCGGAGACACGAUUAAAAUAAAUCCCUGCGGUCGAUCAAUUAUGCCAGUCGCCACACAGAUGGAUUGACAAACUCGGAGGAUUUUACGAAAAUGGAAUAUAAUCGCGAACCUUGUCCCUGGAGGAUAGUGGACGAUUGCGGUGGUGCGUUCACUAUGGGUGCCAUUUGCGGUUCACUGUUUCAAAGCGUCAUCGGGUUCCGAAACGCGCCGUCGGGGAUCAACAGGAGGCUCUUCGGAGGGAUGAUGGCGGUAAAGAAUCGAGUGCCUCAAAUAGCAGGCAACUUCGCCGUCUGGGGUGGUCUUUUCUCCGCCAUCGAGUGCACCUUGAUACGGUGUCGUUCGAAGGACGAUCCCUGGAACUCCAUACUGAGCGGUGCCCUAACCGGUGGCGUCCUGGCGGCCAGGACAGGCAUCCCGUCGAUGAUAGGAAGCGCUACAGUUGGUGGUGUCUUCUUGGCCCUGGUCGAAGGAUUCGGCAUCAUGGCCACGCGACUUCACGCCGACUCCUUCGCCCAGCACAUGCAGAUGUACGAUGUGGAGAACCUGCCAGAGUUUCACAUCUCCCCCAGGACGAGGGUGGGUUUCGGCGGGGCACCCAUAAACGAGGACAUUCCUCCCAGACAGAUAAACGGAACCAACGGUAUGGAGGUCGACAGAUUCGGCAAAGGUAGAUGAGACCUCUCGUGAACUCUGUGUCGAUGUACAGUUCACAUGUUGCCUCGCGUUAUGUACCUUUCCGAGAGUUUAUUUUGCGAAAAAAAAUUGUCUUUGUACAUUCCUGUCGUUUUUAACAAUCCAUCGACGCGCUUCACCGCGGCGUUUUAUUGGAAAUGGGGGCGACAUCGCGCGGGAGGACAGAUUUUCAGGCAGAUAACUUACAAACGUCGAAUCGAUCGGAGGCUCCUAGACUCCGAGAGCGAUAUACCGACGGUGAACUCGUACCUUGAGAGCUCCGUAAGAAUUUAAUUGUACCUUGAUAUUGAUAUUCUCCUUUUUUUUUUAUACAUAAACGGCAUGUUGCAUUGCUAAUAAAGUGUUGCCUAAAAUGUUUGUAUCUUCGACUGAAUGCAUUCGACAUUGCACGUCCAAUCGCGAGGAGGAUGCACCGUUGAAGAAGACUGGUCGACCAGCGGACGGUUGUCCAGCGUUCCAUUAUCCUCGACGUCUCUGUCUCGUCGACGACGAAAACAGAUCCCAAAGAUAACGCAGCAGACUCUCGAUGGC